AUGCUUAAAGGCCUGAAAAACAUUGUUGCGUCCAUUCUUGAUCCUAGGAUCAGGAUGGAUGACAUCCCGACCCUAAAGGCCAUCGACCUUGAAGAACUCAACCAUAAAGGCUACAUCAAUCUACCAGAUUCAGACUUCCCUAUCAAUCCCGACUUUGAGAAGAAAGCCGAACAACAUGUCACUGGUGCCUAUAUACGGCAGUUGCGUGGAUGGAAUCCUAUCAUCUCUACAAUACACCCUAUUUUGCUUCCGCGAAGAUGGAAAAAUGUCUCUCAAGAUGACUACAAUCUCUUGAUCCCAUCCAUCAAGUUGGCAAGUAGGCUUUUGGACGAAUUUCAGAUAUUGGAUUAUGUCAAAGGGUUUCUGAAGAAGCCGUUGGCGCAAAUCAACGACCAAGAUUUGAUCAACAGAUUUGGGCAGCCAUUGCACACUUUCAAUACUGAACCUCUGCGUGACUGGACCUCGGAAGAGGUCUGGCAUACUUUGUGGAUGCUGAAAGAUUGCAUCUCUUUUGAGUUCUCGCAACAUUUGCCGUAUGGAUGUCCUGGAAUGACUCAAGCUGGAGACACAGGCUCUAUGAUUGUGAUUNNGGGUAUUGCAAGCUCUACUAAAGUAACAUUGAGUAAUCAAUUUCUGGAUGUGUUUCGAGGCAAGCUCAAAGCGAGCAGAUACUCGGUGGCAUGGAACCCUGGCAACCACGAUGAAUCUGCGGUUCUGCGUGCCCAAUUCGUGCUCGGUACCAUCCUUGUCCAUGAAGUGAUGCAUUGCCUUUGGAUCACUUCCAGCCCUAUAUACAUGCAGCACUACGCAGCACCCAAAAAGCCAGAAUGGAAAAAUCCCCAAGAGCCAUACUUCCGUGAUGGUCGCAUCAACGAGUUGGGCGCCUGCUGGGAAACCCAUGUCUUUGGUGGUGCCAUCCAAAUGCUGGGUACUCCUUACAGCGCCAUCAUGCCCUAUGGCCUGAUCACUUCACCCUUCCCUGGUAUCUGGGAUUGGUACCCUUCCGCAAUUACUCGCGGAGAUCCAACCGAUCCAACUAAAUGGGGCAUCAAGUGGGAGACCAAAUACCUUAUCGAGAUGAAGCACAUCCGCAAAAUGUUUACCAACGAGAUGUGGGACGAGGUGCAAAGAUAUGGCAUCAAGAGAUUGAGGCGAAAGAGAAAGUUGGGCUAUAGGACCUAUCUUGAUCUUGACAAGAUGCCGGGACUGGCACCUGGUGAGGCUGCUCCGGGUGUACCAAACUCGCCGCAUUCUAGUGUGGCCAGUAGAGAUGGAGAGGAAGAUCAUCGUGGUGUUGUAAGACAUGAACCUCCAUCAGCUACAUCGGAGAACAGCUUUGUGAUAGUGAGCUAG